CGACAGACCACCGAUCGCACCUCGAGGACCUUUCGUUUGUUUGCUGGCAAAUUGAGCUUUCAUCAUGCUGGUUAAAGUUCAGUAUCAAGGUGUAAAGAAAUUUGUGAAAUUUCCCAGCGAUCGUACGUUCCAAGAUUUUCUCAAUGAUGUUAAAAGCAAAUUUGGUUUGGCAAGAACAGCAGCUCUUCAAGUCUUUGAUGACACUGACACCAAUGUGGAAGAGGACAUCUUCCAUGAAUUGAUCGAAGGCAGUCCACAUUUAUGCCUAACUGUAAGAUGUCCAGAAGAAGAUAUUACUGUUGGUUUGUCUGAUGAGUUUUCACCCACAAGAUCCUCAACCCCCAGCACAUGCACUGAUACUCUAUCACUCUCAUCAACUGACCAUGAAGAGACAGAGAGAGCAGUGCAAAAUCAAGCAGCAAUGGUCAGCAACAGUUUUAGCAUAGACGCUGAAAAGGCAAAACGGACUGUCCGAGAUGCACUGGAAAAAAAAUCAGGUGGUGAGGAAGUGCUUGAAGAAUACCAGACAACUAAGACUUUAAAGCACAGCACCAGACGUCAGCUUGUUAAUAUUGUUGUCAGUCACAUGACAGAGAUUCAUGGGAGGAUUCCCACCCGCAAACAGCGGGAAACUUAUGCUUUGGGCAUUAUUUCUCUCUUUCCUAGCCUGAAAGACCCAUUUUCAGCAAAGGGCUAUGAGCAUUUCUAUGAUCCGGAAAAGGGAACGGGGUUCAUCUCCUGGCGCCUUAAAACUUUGUCGAGGAAGAACCCAAAACGUGUUCGCUUGGAGAUGACUGAAAGUGCGGGACCAAGUCGACGAAGGAGGAUAGAUGAUGUGCAACAACUUGAAGGAGAUGCAUGCAGAGAGGCAAUUUCUUUCCUUGUCCACACAGCUGAUGAAGCUGAAGUUAUGCAGAAGAUGAAGGAAACGUUUAAGCAUAGACAAGAACUGGUACAUAAUCCUGAAAGAUCAGCUGACGUCCUUGAUGUUUUCCCAAGAUUUUUGGAUGUAAAAGGAUUGAUAAACCAGGACUUUGCUCUGCUGUUCAAUGCUGAAACAUCCAACAUGCUUCUUAAGAGGUGGGAGACGGCAUUCAAGCAAAAGAUCAUCAACGAAGCCAAGACUCUUACUUCAACAGCAGAAAUGCGGAGUCUUCUCAAUGCAGCAGGUGGACAAGGAUCUGAAAAUGGGAGGAAGAAGACUAAGAUCAGUCCAACAGAGGCUGUUGACAGACUUGUGCGUUUCCAUAAGUCCUGCACCAGUAUUGAAGGCCUUCUCAGUGGGAGGGAGGGCCACCAGCCAUUUCUACUGGGAUCAGGAAGGAUCAAGGGCAGGAUCGACCACUUUUACGUCGCUGUAGACAAACGCCUUAUCCCUUGCUCUGGAACCAGCUCCUUAAGUGCCUUUGAUGAACUUUUCAAAGUUCACUAUGUCUUCAACUUAUCCUACGAGGAGUCCCUGGUCAACUUCUUUACCUUCCUGCAGACCACAGUUUACAACAUCGAUGUUGGUCUUUCAAGUGAGUCUCCAAGAGUAAGGGAACUGCACGCAAAGCUUUAAAAUUAGUUUAAAUGUUACAGUGUUUCCUCUGUAAAAGUGUGCAUGCAAACAGCCACUCUUUGAUAGCUCAUUUAAGAGUCACACACAGUUUUUAUCCUUCGUUAAAGUUUAAGUUGUUGUGUGCGCAGAGUGGCUGUAGUCGGCAGUUUUGCUCAUAUUCUGGGUUUCGAAAGCAUUUGAACCGUUUUCAUGCUGUUGAUGGCUGUCCCGCUUUUGAAUUGUCAUCUGGUGAACUGUCAUCUCAAAAUGUUGAUGAUAAUCAGUCAGGUUCUUUGUUUGUUGGAGAAAGUGAUCCCCAAGUUGCUCUCAUUGACAAUGUUACCUUUUCCAGGAGAGAAACCGCAGAUAUAUGUGCCUCAAUUGUGGCCAAAUUACAGUGCGGUGGAGUAGCCAAUAGCUUGGUAUCAUCAGUUGUUUCAGACCUUGAGGACCUCACCACUGAACUGCAUAGCCAAACUCGUCAAAAUGUGAUUUCUGUCAUUCCUCUUGAAAACCCAGUCAGAUCAGCUGUCGAAGAUAGUUUAGAGCAUUUUGAGAGUCCCUUUUCCAUGUUUAACACUGAAACUAAAAGAACUAAUUAUUUUGUUGACAAAUGGGGUGUUGUGGAGCCGGUUGAAAUUGUGCUUGGCAUGAGGUAUGACAUGAGGAGAAACAAAAAGACUGGAUGUUAUGAUCAGGUCCCAGUAAAAGAUACAUUCGUGUAUGUCCCAAUUUUGGAAACAUUAAAAUUUAUGUGUCGAAAUGCAGAUGUAUGUACUCUGCUGAGAGAAUUUACAGGAAUGCCGAAAUCACAUUUUGAGGACUUUUGGGAUGGAA